AUGGGCAACAAGUGUAACAUUACUCAUGUCCUAAUUCUCUUCCUCAACCUAGGAACCUUGCUUCUUUCACUAGCAUGUCCAUAUUGUCCUCCCAACCCAAACCCUCCACCAACACCACCUCCAAAAUGCCCUCCCAAAGGUAAAUCGCCACCUCACGUACCAAAUCCACACCCGAAAUUGCCUCCGAAACAGCCGCCACAUCAUCCCAAAACACCGAAAAAUCCACCUGUGAAGCCAUUGCCGCCACCGACCGUACCCAAACCACCACCCACCGCCCCGAAACACCCUCCGAAAAAACCCAAUCCUCCCGUCACCCCAAAACCCCCUACAACCCCAAAAUUACCACCGGUGGUUACACCGCCAGUAAUUCCGAAACCGCCACCAGUCGUUACACCGCCAGUCAUUCCGAAACCGCCGCCAGUCUUUCCGAAACCACCACCAAUCGUUACACCGCCAGUCAUUCCGAACCCGCCGCCAGUCGUUACACCGCCGAUUUUACCGCCGAUUUUACCGCCGCCAGUCGUUACACCGCCGAUUUUGCCACCGCCAUCGCCGCCCAAAGAAACUCCAUGCCCACCACCACCACCAAAGGCACAAGAAACGUGCCCUAUCGACACCCUCAAGCUCGACGCUUGUGUGGACGUGCUCGGAGGCCUAGUCCACAUCGGGAUAGGGUCGGGAGCUAAGGAGACUUGUUGCCCUGUGCUCGAGGGGCUCGUGGACUUGGAUGCGGCGCUUUGCCUAUGCACAACCAUCAAAGCCAAGCUUCUCAACAUCAACAUCAUCAUACCUAUUGCACUCCAAGUUCUUGUGGACUGUGGCAAACACCCGCCAUCCGGAUUUCAAUGCCCUUCAUAA